AUGGCAAGUGCAUUAAAAGUUAAGUGCGGUAAUGCAAAAGGGCGCUUAACUCGGGCGGCAGCAUUUGCAGAAGCGAUUGAUGAAUCUAUAACAAUCGAAAUGCUUGAGAUUCGGUUAAAUAAACUCGAGACCACAUGGUCUGAAUAUUCAUCUCUUCAUAACGAAAUUCUUGAAAAAGCUGAAGAUGAAGAAGUUAGUGAAUUAGAAUCUGAAUUUUCGGAAUACGAAUUAAAAUAUUUUGUUUCAAAUGCCGAGCUCGUUAAAGCCAUUCGCGAUAGGGAAAAAACUUCCACCAAACCAGUGGAAGUUCUUGAUAAUUCUUCUGCGUUUAAUCGCUUAGCUGAGCAACAAUCAGCCUUUCUCGAAAAAAUUAAUUCGUCUUCGCCAUCGUCAAAUAAUUCCAAUACUUCUAAACUUCCGACAAUCGUUGUGCCACCAUUCAGUGGAUGUUAUAAAGAUUGGCCUUCGUUCAGGGACAUAUAUCUGGGUUCAGUCGACACUAAGGUGAAUCUUAGUCCGACCCAUAAAUUUCAUUACUUGAAAUCCUAUCUGCGUGAUGACGCAGCCAAUCUUAUAAAACAUUUGAAAAUAAAUGACGCAAAUUAUUCGGAAGCUUGGGAUCGCUUAGAAAGACGGUACGAUCGAAGCCAAUUGAUAGUUCAAUCUUUUAUUGAAACUUUUUUGUCACUUCCUACUGCAAAUAACUCUAAUGUUCAAACUUUAAGAAAAAUUUCUGACGGUGCCGAUGAAGUUGUGCGUGGUCUUAGUGCGUUGGAUAAGACAGGUCGUGACCCUUGGCUCAUUUAUUUAUUGUUAAACAAACUUGAUUCGGACACCAAGCAAGCUUGGGCAGAGAAUAUCGGUUCUCGGGAAGACGUUACUAUAGUCGAAUUACUAGACUUUUUAGAACUACGGUGCAAUGCCUUUGAGGCUUGUCAAUCACUUUCCAGUCGGUCGGGUUCAUCGCGUACAAAGCAAUCAAACAAUAUUCGAGCUCAUCUUGCUGGGCCUUCAGACUCAAUUUCGAAAUCCAAAUGCCCAAUGUGUCAAGACAAUCAUGUCCUUACUCAGUGUACAAAAUUCGUCGCGUUAGACAUUGACUCUCGUCGAAGUUUUGCGAAGACAAACUCGCUUUGUUUUAAUUGUCUUAAAGCUGGACAUUCAUCGCAAAAAUGUUUUUCUACUUUUCGCUGUCGGGUGUGUAGAUCACGCCACCAUUCGUUGGUGCAUCCUGAUGAUGCAGCAAAUACAAAUCAAGUUUCGUUAACGGGUUCUUCUAACCAAACUCAAUCUUCGUCAUCAACCUCCGCUCAAUCCAACACCACCGAAUCGCUCGUUAGUAAUCAUUCGCUUGAUGUUAGUCGUCCUAAGAAAACUCUUUUACCAACUAUCUUGGCUAGAAUUCAAGACAAUCAAGGAAAUCUGAUAGACUGUCGUGUUCUUUUAGAUUCCGGGUCACAGUCUACAUUCAUUGUUGAAUCUUUCGCUCAAAGACUCGGUUAUCAUCGUAAGCAUUCAAGAAUUCCUAUCCUCGGUCUAUCGUCGACUGAAGUUGGAUAUACAAAGGGCCUCAUCUCACUAAAUCUUCGUUCUCGUGUCAAUUCUUCUCACUUAUUCGUUGAUGCCUUUAUACUCGAUAAAUUAACUUCAAACUUACCAACCAAAUUGAUAGAUGUUUCCUCCUGGUCUCAUAUUCAAAACCUCGACCUUGCUGAUCCUACUUUCAAUGUCGCCGCCCCAAUCGAUGUUCUUCUCGGUGGUGACAAACUUUGGAGCAUUCUCAAAGAUGGACAAAUUCGAGGUCCCAAUGGAUGCCCAAUCGCACAACGCACUUCGUUUGGAUGGGUCAUAACCGGACAAUUUUUUGAACCAGAGGAAUCGAACCAUUUUAUCUCAUUUCACUCUUUACUCGAUUUAAGUAAUUUGAUGCAACGUUUCUGGGAAGUUGAGGAGGUUUUCCCAGCAAACAGUUCUAUCGUUUUCGACCAGGCCGAAGAACAUUUUCAACUGACUUUCUCUCGAUCUCCUGACAGGAAGUAUGUUGUUCACCUUCCUUUUAAAACUCCAAAUCCAUCUUUCAAAAAUACUCUUUCGCUCGCUGUUUCUCGCCUAUUCGCAAUGGAACGUCGGUUCGCUCAAAAUUCGAAACUGAGAGACUUGUAUUCUGAUUUCAUGCGGGAAUAUAUCGGCUUAGGCCACAUGAUUCGAAUUCCUCGUGACGAAAUUAAGUGUUCUAACGGUAGAUGUUUUUAUCUACCACACCACGCGGUGCUAAAACCAGACAGUUCGUCUACUAAAUUGCGUGUCGUUUUUGAUGGCUCUGCCAAAGACUCCACUGGUAACUCGUUGAACAAUGCAUUGUUGAUAGGCACUCCUAUUCAACGGGACUUAAUAGGUGUUUGCUUGCGGUUUCGACAACAUCCCUUCGUUUUUACUGCCGACGUCGUAAAAAUGUUCCGUCAAAUCUGGGUAGAUGACUCCGAUUGCGAUUACCAACGCAUUGUUUGGCGCGACUCUCCCUCAAAGGAAAUCGAACAUUUUCGGUUACGCACUGUAACAUAUGGUACAGCUUCCGCUCCGUUUUUGUCAGUUCGGGUUCUGAAGCAGCUUGCUGAGGACUAUAAAUCAGAAUUCCCGAAUGCAGCGCGUGUUCUACUGGAAGACGUAUACGUGGAUGACGUUAUGACGGGAGCAAAGUCACCCAAAGACCUUAUCGAAUUGAAAUCCGAAUUAGUCACUCUUCUUUCCAUGGCCAACCUUGAGCUGCGGAAAUGGAGCUCCAAUUGUUGGCCACUCCUAGCUUCUCUUCCUAAAGAGCAAUGUGAAUACUCUUUUUACGACACUGAACGUUCAAAUUCGUAUAUUAAGGUGCUUGGAAUGCAUUGGAAUCCAUCAAACGAUGAAUAUUCCUUUCGCAUCUCGAAGUCUCUUCCAACCAUUUCAUUGACAAGGCGUUCGCUGUUGUCUGAAGUAUCACGAAUAUUCGAUCCGUUAGGACUGUUGGCACCCUCAGUUGUACUUUUCAAAAUGCUCUUUCAGGAACUCUGGUCAUCGAAGUUAAAGUUGGGAUGGGACGACCCGUUGCCUCCAGAGUUAGCUGAUCGUUGGGAUAAAUAUCGGAAGGAAAUCUGGUUUUUUGAGCAAGUCCAAAUACCCAGAAACUUGUUUACCUCUUCCUUCGAUGACAUUGAACUGCAUGGCUUCUGCGAUGCAUCCACGCUCGCUUAUGGUGCCGUCCUGUACACUCGCUGUAAAGUUGCUGAAGGAAAGUACAACAUAACAAUUGUCGCUGCCAAGACCAAAGUUGCUCCGUUAAAACCGGUGUCCAUUCCACGUCUAGAGCUGUGUGGGGCCUUGCUGCUGACUCGCUUGUUAAGUCUUGUUAAAUCGUCGUUUUCGUACAAAUUCACAAACAUAGUGGCUUGGUGCGAUUCCGAGAUCGUUUUACACUGGCUAUCAUCUCCUCCUCGUCGCUGGACUACAUUCGUCGCCAACAGAACUGCAGCUAUUCUCGAAACUACUCCAAGAAGUUGCUGGCGUCAUAUUCGCUCCGAGUCAAAUCCAGCAGAUUGUGCGUCGCGCGGUGUGCUUCCAUCUGAACUCCCAAAUCAUCAUCUCUGGUGGACUGGUCCAGCCUGGCUAUCACUGGAAGAAUGCCAAUGGCCAAAGUCGAAAUUCACCACUCUUCAAUCGGACGAUAGCGAUCUUCUACUCGAAACGAGACAAUCUCCUCGUCAAGUUCUUCUCAUAGGACCUAACAAGUUUGAUGUUAUUGAUCACAUAAUCAUCAAAAUUUCCUCUUGGGAUCGCAUGCAACGUAUUCUCGGAUAUGUAAUUCGGUUCAUCUUCAAUUAUCUCAGCGAACCAUCAAAUCGUCGAACCUCAUACCUCACAACAAAGGAACUUUUCAUCGCCAAAACAACUCUCAUUAAAUCGAUCCAACUAAAAUCAUUCAGUGACGAUAUUCGCGCCCUUAAAUCUAAAAAUCAAUUGCCCCUGAAAUCCAAACUGCUCAAAUAUUCCCCAUUUCUCGAUAAUAAAGGUCUGCUUAGAGUAGGAGGAAGAAUUAAAAAUGCCAAUAUAUCUUUUAACAUUAAACAUCCUUAUAUUCUUCCAGCUAAUGACUUUUCUCAUUUUAUUAUAGAAGAUAUUCAUAAGAAAAACUUACAUCCUGGAGUUUCCGCAACGUUCGCAAUCGUUAGACAGCAGUACUGGAUCUUGGGUUCUCGAAAUCUCACCAGAAAGAUUGUUUUCAAGUGCACUACAUGCUUUAAAUUGCGAAAAACAACUUCUUCGCAGCUAAUGGGUGACUUACCAUCGCAACGCGUAUCACAAAGCCGUCCUUUUUCACACACUGGGUGUGACUAUGCUGGGCCGCUUUGCAUUAAGCUGUCCAGAGGUCGAAAUCCAAAAACUUCAAAGGCAUAUAUCUGUCUAUUUGUGUGUAUGGCUACGAAGGCUAUACAUUUGGAGCUAGUGAGUGAUUUGACCUCUGACGCAUUUCUCGCAGCUUUUCGUCGAUUCGUUUCCCGGCGUGGACUUUGUUCGAAUGUGUAUUCGGAUAAUGGAACCAACUUCCAAGGUGCACGUCGGUGCUUGAACGAGAUGCACAAGUUAGUCAUAUCAGAAGCAUACAACGAGGCUGUUGCAACAUCACUUGCGAAGGACAAUGUAACCUGGAACUUUAUCCCUCCAUCGUCCCCUCACUUUGGUGGAUUGUGGGAGGCUGGAGUAAAGUCGGUAAAGUGUCAUUUGCGACGAGUAAUUGGAGCAUCCAUCCUUACAUUUGAAGAAAUGUAUACGGUGCUCACUCAAAUUGAAGCUGUCUUAAAUUCUCGCCCUCUUUGUGUGAUUUCAGAUAAUGAAUUAAAUCCAUUAACACCCGCUCACUUUCUUAUAGGUGAACCAUUUACUGCUGUCCCAGAGCCAACAACGCUGUCCACGCCUUUAAAUCGCUUGUCGCACUGGAACCAUCUACAAAAUAUGGUACAAGGCUUCUGGAAACGGUGGCAUGUGGAAUAUAUCACCACCCUACAAGAACGAUCGAAAUGGAAGACGGCAACUCCGAAUCUCAAACCAGGGGACUUGGUAAUAAUUAAAGAACCAAACCUUCCGCCAACUAAAUGGCUUCUUGGCAAAAUCGAAGCAGCAACCCAAGGGACUGAUGGCCGAGUACGAGUUGCUACUGUAAAGACGAACGGUGGAACAUUUGUUCGUCCAAUUACCAAACUUGCCCUACUACCCAUAUCCUGA